GUGAUCAAGAUCCUCUGGUGUCCAUCUUCAGGGCAGCUUCCAAGACUUACUGUGUCCAGUCAGGGAGUCAGGGGCUGGAGCUCCUUGGUCAGCCAGGAUCAUCAGUUGCUCCAGAGCCAUCUGGAAUACUGCCAGAACACUUAACCUAUCCAGACAUGGACGGAGGCACGGAGUUCGCGGAGUAUGAGAAUGCAGAGGCAGUGGAUGCAGUCUCCUCGCCAUUCGAGCUACUGGAGCCCCCUACUUCUGGAGGCUUUCUGAAGCUGUCUAAGCCGUGCUGCUACAUCUUCCCAGGUGGAAGGGGGGACUCUGCCUUGUUUGCUGUGAAUGGAUUCAACAUCCUGGUGGAUGGCGGGUCCGACCGGAAGUCCUGCUUCUGGAAGCUUGUUCGUCACCUGGACCGGAUUGACUCCGUUCUGAUCACCCACAUCGGGGCGGACAACCUCCCGGGCAUCAACGGGUUGCUCCAGAGGAAGAUCGCCGAACAGGAAGCGGAGCGUCAACAGGGAUCCGACUCCGAUGGGGACUGGAUGAAGAACCUGAUCUCUCCCGAGCUCGGGGUGGUGUUUUACAAUGUCCCAGAGAAGCUGAGGAUGCUUGAGUCCACAGCGAAGGUAAAGCGCAGCAUUGAGGAGGCCUCUCUUACGUUGCAGUACCUCAACACGCUCGGCAUCAAGCCGGAACCACUCUUCAGGGUCGUCAGCAACACUAUUGAACCAAUCACUCUUUUCCACAAACUUGGUGUUGGGAAACUAGACAUGUACGUUCUGAACCCUGUCAAAGAGAGCAAAGAAAUGCAGUUCCUCAUGCAGAAAUGGGCUGGGAACAGCAAGGCCAAGACUGGCAUUGUGAUGUCCAAUGGGAAAGAAGGAGAGAUCUCUGUCCCUUAUUUAACUUCAGUCACAGCCCUCAUUGUUUGGAUUCCGCACAGUCCCACAGAAAAGAUUGUGCGUGUGUUGUUCCCUGGAAACGCAUCACAGAACAAGAUCUUUGAGGGGCUUGAGAAGCUGAAACACCUGGACUUCCUGCGAUACCCAGUGGCGACUCAGAAAGACAUAUCCUCUGGAGCACCACCUCCUAUUAUCAAACAAACUAAAAUCAGAUCAAGGACCGAUAGCAAAGAGAGUCUGAAAUCCUCCCCCAAACCACACACUAAGACCAGCAAGAAAGAAACCAGUGGACAAGAAGAGUCCAAAAAUGACCUGAGUAAAGAAAACAAAGUAGAGAAGAAAGAGGAGAAGAAAGUCAAAAGCAUUAGUACAAAAGCCACCAAGCAGCAGAAGAACAGUGAGGUAGCUCCCCAGGCAGCCAAACUGGAGAAAAAGAAAGUAGCCAAGGACAAAGUUAUCAAGAAAGAAAAGACUGCCAAGAUGGACGAAAAGAAAGACAUGGAGAAGAAAGAAGUCAAGAAAGAGAAGCGUGAAGUCAAGAAGGAAAACAUCAUGAAGAAAGACGAUAAAAAAGACUCCAAGGUCAAGGAGGAUAAGAAGAAAGACCCGAACAAGCCUGAGCUAAGAAAAAUCACUAAACCAGACCUGAAGCCGCUUACUCCUGAAGUUCGGAAGACUUUACACAAAGCAAAGACUCAGACUAAACCCAAGACGGACAAAAAUAAAUCGGCCAAAGAGCAAAUGGAGGAGAAAAAGGCGGUCCCCAAAAAGGCCCCGGAACAAGCUGCUGCAGCUUUAAUAAACCGGUCCGUCCUUUCCUCCCCUGAGGACCUCACUGAGGACUUCAAAGCCCUUAAAAAGGACGAGCUGUCCACUCUUCGGAGUGAGCCUAUACAAAAUGAUAUGAUGUCCCAGCGAUCGGAUUAUACAGAUGCUAAAAUCUUCACUGAUGAGAAAAUAACAUCUCCAGACACAGAGUCUACAUCCCCUCUGCCGCUCAACACAGCACAACAGGGAGAAGAAAGCAACGAUGAAGGGCCAUCGGAACCGAUCUCUGACAUAGUGAAGAAGGAAGAAAAUGUUGGGUUAGAUAGAACGCGUGAGGAGGAUAAAAUGGAAAGAUAUGACAACUUGACAAAAUCCGACAUCAAAGACACGUCUAGGAGGAGCGACAGCUCAGAGGAGGAGAGUGAUGUUAUUGAAAAAGCAGACCUGGAGGGAACAGAAGACGAUGAGGAGUUCAAGUACAAAACGGAGGAAGCAAAGAAAGGAAAGGAAUCUGGAAAAGAGUGGAGCACCAUGCCAACUGAACAGAAACCCCUUUCGGCCAUUGCCACAGCUGGGAAAGCAACAGCAAUGUCCGCCUCAGAAACAUUUCAGUUGAUCCAAGAUGAGACCAUUCCUGGUUACUCCGAAACAGAACAGACCAUCUCUGAUGAGGAGAUUCACGAAGAAACAGAAGAUAGGAUGCCACAGCUUCAGUAUGACACGGCCUCCUAUAACAUUUCGGUCCCUGACGUCCCAGGAACGUUUGACUCCAUGCACGGCAUGAAGGAGAUAAAGACCCCCACUGUCUCCAAGGUGGAAGACGUUAAACCCAAAGGCUUCAUGGUAAGUCAUGACCCCGUUCUUUCAGCAUUUCCCAGCAUCAUCACGGCUCCACUGGCAGAGGAAGAGCACAUCUCCUCUGCCACCUCGAUCACCGAGUACGACAAACUGUCUUCCUUCCCCACAUCCAUGGCAGAGGACCAGUCCAUAGCAUCAGUGACUGCACCUCGGACCGAGGAGACUGGGAAGAGCUCACUCCACCUGGACACCAUCAACGGCAUUCCCUCCCGCACUGAGGCAACCCAUGGGAAAGAUUAUCUACACUCAGCAGGAACUAUCUCCCCCACUUCCUCCCUGGAGGAAGACAAAUGUUUCAAAUCACCUCCCUCUGAGGAGUACCAGCCAAUUAUUCCCGAGAUGGAGGCUAUAGAUAUGAAGGCCAAACCAGUCCAAGAGGACGAAGAUGAGGAUGAAGAUGAGGAUGAGGACCAGACUCCCAAUGUUGACAUUCCUCUCGGUAAACUUCAUGAAGGCUACGAGAGGGCUGCUUCGGCGAUGCUCCAGGAGAAGGAAAAAUCCUCUUCAGCUACUGUGUUUUCACCUCCUUCCUCUGACACAGAGCCCUCUCCGACACGGCCCACUGAAGCAAAACAAGCUUCAUUUAGUGACGAGUCAAAGAGGUGGGAUGAAAAGUCACCUUCUCCACCCUCAUCGGUGUCCACUGGUAUAGUUUCUGGCUUCAUGCAGGAGAGUGUCACGACCCAAGUAAAACCAGAUCCAUUUAGUCAAGAGUCCAUGCAGUUGGAAGAAAAGAAGUCACCUUCUCCACCCUCAUCAUUGUCUACUGGAUUUGUUUCUGGCUUCAUGCAGGAGACUGAAGCAAAACCAGAUCCAUUAAGUAAAGAGUCAAUGCAGUUGGAUGGAAAGAAGUCACCUUCAUCCCCUUCAUUAUUUUCCAAGGGGCUAGGGUCUGGCUUCAUGCAGCAGACUGUCAUGACCCAAGCAAAACCAGAUCCUUUUAGUGACGAGACACAGAGACAUGACAUUCCUCUCGGUAAACUUCAUGAAGGCUAUGAAAGGGCUGCUUCGGGGAUGCUCCAGGAGAAGGAGAAAUCCUCUCCAGCUACUAUGUUUUCACCUCCUUCCUCUGACACUGAGCCCUCUCCGACACGGCCUACUGAAGCAAAACAAGCUUCAUUUAGUGACGAGUCAAAGAGGUGGGAUGAAAAGAAGUCGCCUUCUCCACCCUCAUCAUUGUCCACUGGAUUCAUUUCUGACUUCAUGCAGGAGGCUGUCACGCCCCAUGCCAAACCAGACCCAUUCGUUAAAGAGUCCAUGCAGUAUGAUGAAAAGAAGUCACCUUCUCCUCUUUCAUCAUUGUCUACUGGAUUUGUUUCUGGCUUAGUGCAGGAGAGUUUCCCGACCAAAGCAAAACCAGAUCCAUUUAGUAAAGAGUCAAUGCAGUAUGAUGAAAAGAAGUCACCUCCUUCACCCUCAUCAUUGGCAACUGGAAUUGUUUCUGGCUUCAUGCAGGAGACUCUCGCGACUGAAGCAAAACAAGCUUCAUUUAGUGAUGAGUCAAAGAGGUGGGAUGAGAAGAAGUCACCUUCUCCACCCUCAUCAUUGUCGACUGGAUUAGUUUCUGGCUUCAUGCAGGUGACUGUCGCGACUGAAGCAAAACAAGCUCCAUUUAGUAAAGAGUCUGCAACUUGGGAUGAGAAGAAGUCACCUUCACAGCCUUCAUCAUUUUCCACAGGGUUGGUUUCUGGCUCCAUGCAGGAAAGUUUAGAAAGAUGCCUAAGUCCAGAUGACAGCACCAUGAAACUUGCUUCUCCUACACCGUCAAUCCCCACCAGCAGUGGCUACUCUCCAACUGAGGAAAAGCCAUUUAGGAUGGAGGAAAAUGAAGCUCAAACUUUAGGCAAACUAAAUGCAGCUGAGACUUUAAGCAAGCCAAGUGCAGACAUUCCGAAAACUGACAACAGUGCCGUUGGUCUCUCAGAUGAACCCUCAACAUCAGAAGGCUCUGAGGACUCUGAGGAUGAAGAGGAGGAUGAAGGUGAUUAUUAUGUCAAGAAAGACCUACAGCCUGUUGUGAAUGCAAGGCUCAUGGAGGAGAAGGAGGGGAGGUUCCUAGACGAUGACGACCUGUCUGACUCAAAGCCUCCUAUGGAGGGAAAAGAGCAAAAUGAACUCUUAGAAGAGUAUGACAUAGAAUCAAAGAACUAUUCACAGGUCAAGGACUCGGAAAAAACUAAAAACAGACAAGGCAUUGAAGAACAGCCCAAACGCCAUGUGAUGUAUUCAGAUGAAGAAGACGAGGAAGAGGAUGAUGAGGAAGAUUAUGGUUUCCAAAGUGGGGGAGGAUCUAAGCCUUCAACGGCUGAUCCUAUCCAACAUAUUACUAAAGAAGACGGCAAAGAAAAACCAGACCAAACUGAAAUCCAAGAGCAGGAGAAAAGUGUUCAUUUUAGUCUCUAUAACUGCCCUGAGAGAGAGAGCAAAGAAAAGGGGUCCGAAAGGGACAUGAGGCAAGAUACCCCCUAUGUGCAUGGCAAGACAUUUUCCUAUAGUGACAUUUAUGAUUGCAAACCAAGCACGCUUGACUCUAAACAGGGGGCUUCUGUGACAAUGGAGAGAGCCACUGUAAAAAGCAGUUUGGAUUCAAAGAAAGAAUCGGACGGCUCCCCCUGCCUGCCCACAGCCCCCCACAUAAAGCCAGAGGAAGAGGAAUAUAUCAGCUCUUACGAAAAAAAUCGCUCCACCUCAUACGGUCUUGAGGCCAAAAGCCCUGUAAAAGACUUUGAAAGUAAGAAAGAAACCGAAGUAUACGAGUAUGGCAGAGAUACCCGUUUUCCUUCUGUGGCUGAUAGGCCUGAGGCCUCUUCCACUUCCCUGUCACCAGAAAAAGAGGCACUCUCUUUCAAAGAUCACAGUGACAGUCUGAAGUCCGGUGCAUAUUCCCAAACAGCAUUUGCGUCAGAAAAAUCCUCUACCGCAAGCUACUACGAGAAGGUUGCUUCACCAACAGCGAGAGAUGAAGAGGAUUACGAUGAUGAUGAAGUUAUUGAUGAUGACGAUGAUGAUGAUGAGGAAGAAGAGGAGGAGGAAGAUGAGGAAGCUGCCAGCGAUUCAGAUAAUGAGAAAGGAGCCAAAGAAAAAUCUGAGAAGGACGUCAAAAGUCCAGUCAGCCAAAUGAUAGAGUCCAAAAGGACUGAGUUCAUGGUUUCCAUGGCUGGCUAUGGUUAUGACAGUCAGAGCAAACCAAGCACCACCGAAAGCAGUGCCUGCCCACCCUUCAAGGCUGAAGAGAAGGCCAAAGUCGUUUCCCAAUCCUUCAGCAGCAAGCCCACAGACGUAGGAGCCACAGGGUUCUCUGGCUCCUCCACUGGGUUUCAAUAUUCCUAUGGAAUUGGAGAUAAAGACUCAUGCCUAUCCAGUCAGAUUAAAGACAAUGAAAAGAUGGACAUCUCUCUAAAAUCAGAGGAUCGCUAUUACCAGAGCGACAGAUCAGAUUCUGAUUAUGAUAAACAGAAGACACCGGACCAUGUAGGAAAAUCCUCUCUGGACACAAGCUUUCAGUACACCUCUACAGCAGCUCCUGCCUACUCUUCCUCUUCUGCCUACAGCUACUCCUCCUCCACCUCUGGCUCUCUGUCCACCAGCCGGCAGUUUGGAGAGGAUCUGGAGACCCCUGCCACAGCGGAGCCUCUGUUUGAAUACUCUUCCUUUAAAGACGAACCCUCCCCAAGCAUUGACUCACCCUUCUCCAGCUCUGGAGCCACAAAGGAUGAGUAUCUAGAAGUGUCUGAGAAACAGAUGAAUGCCCUAUCCACCACAACCUCCACAACAGAGCCCACCUCUAGCCAAGCUCGCUCGUCACCACUCCCAUUCCAGGAGGUCAAGAGCUUUCCCUCAAUCUCUUCCACUGCCUUUGCUGACGACCACAAAGUGGAGUGUAAGACAGGCUUGGAUGGAUUCACAGAGAAGACGCCUCAGUCUGAGUACUUCUAUAAACCCGGUUGGUCUGAGGACUCCAAGCUGGAGACAGCUAGUGGGUUCGGGGCGUCUGCAGGAGCAUUCGGCCAGCCGCCACCACCCUCCAAAGACACAGAAUCAGCCGCUGCUGCUCUUUUCGGCAUCACCUCCUCACCUCGCCCGGAGACAGCAAGCAAGCAUUACUUUGAGGAGACAGAUAGCAGUGAGGAAGAAGAGGAUGAGGAAGCCUACGUGCGUGAGGUCGCUCAGAAGUCUCCGUGCGUUGACGGCCUUAGCGGUGCCCUCUCGUUCUCUGAAAAAACAAGUGAAAAAACAAGUUUCCCCACCAUGAGUUCAGGUGCUAAGGUCCCUGAUGUUCUAAGCUCUUACAAGCCCUCACCAUUUGAUAUAAGCAAGCCUGACACAGCCAAUGGACCCACAGAGGUCAGCAUGAGCUCUCCUGUCACCCCUGCAGCAGCGGCGUCCGGGGCCACGGCCCCCAGCUCCGCUAGCUACAGGGGUACGUACGAUUGGGAGAUGCCCAAGCCUCAGAUCGGAAUGGUUCCCGGAGAUUCGCCUCCACAUUACCGCCAUGAGGAUGAAUUCGAAGAGGAGCGUGAGACGGAACCAGAACGACCCGCCCGUCCUCUCUCCCUCUCCUCUACCGACCAGGCAUUCCGCUCUCCGUUCUACACUGAGGAGUGUAGCCAGGGCGGGAUGGAAGACGACGACGAGGACAGCGACCAGGACGAGGCCGAGGGUGAGACACAGAUGGGGGCGGCCUCCUCUUACGUCAGUCGCAGCUCCCCAGGCUACUCCGCCUCGGAGCAGAGGCAGCGCAAAGGGGACCUCUCGCCGUCCUUCAUCAACCCCUGCAUGAAGCACAUGUCCAGCGAGGAGGAGGAUGACGAACAGGGAUGCAGGAGUGACCAAUCCCAGGAGGGCAUUGAGCACGAUCUGUCAGUCAAGAGAAGGGCCAACCGACAGUCGUCGCAUCAUCCGUCACAGAGCCAGGAAACAGCCGCUAUGUACCAACCUGGUACCAUGUCCAUGGGGCUGGCCCUGGCUACCGAGGACACCCCGCCGACUUCAGUCAGCGAGUCUUUGGCCUCUCAGUCUGACUCAGAUGUCCCUGGCGGCACUGAAGAAUGCCCUUCACUCCCUGGAGACUGCAACAUGGACUCAGAUGACGAUGCUGUGUACCUGCCUAGGGACAAGGCCACCGCUAUGGCAGGAGGCAGCCAGCGCUCUCCCACCGCCGGCAGCCGUGACCCUCCUCCUACCCCCUUCAUGGACCCUCACCCACGUCCCCCUCACCCUGAUGUCUGCAUGGUGGAUCCAGAUGCUCUGGCCUCCGAAGGCCUCACAAAGAAAGAGGCCAAACCCAAAGGCCUUAAGAAGACCUCUGGCAAGACCAAGUCAGCUUCCCCUGCCAGACGUAAGAAGUCCCCCAUGCCCCUUAAGCAGACCUCGUCCCCUCACACUUUGUCCCUAAAGAAGAAAGAGGCAGACAAGAGCUCCAGGAUGUCUCGUUUGUCAGACGGACAGGGAUCCAAGGAUGACGACCUCUCCAGGUCAAGCUACAACCCUGGAAAGGCAACCACCAACGGUGUCAAGAGCAGCUCCGGCUCUCUGAAGUCAGGCUCAGCCACCCCCACCACUGGUAUGCCCAUUUAUGUGGACUUGGCCUACAUUCCCAACCACUGCAGUGCCAAGAACAUCGACCAAGAGUUCUUCAAGCGCGUUCGAUCCUCAUACUACGUUGUCAGUGGCAAUGAUUCAAGCAGUGCAGAGCCUAGCCGAGAUGUCUUGGAUGCGCUGCUCGAUGGGAAGGCCCAGUGGGGAUCAAACCUGCAGGUGACACUGAUCCCAACCCACGACACGGAGGUGACCCGGGAGUGGUACCAGCAGACCCACGAGAGGCAGCAGGAGCUCAACAUCAUGGUGCUGGCCUCCAGCAGCACUGUGGUCAUGCAGGACGAGUCCUUCCCGGCAUGCAAGAUUGAGUUUUAAGGCCAUCUCUCUCUCUCUCUCUCUCUCUCUCUCUCUCUCUCUCUCUCUCUCUCUCUCUCUCUGUGUCUCUCUCUCUCUCUCUCUCUCUCUCUUUGUAUGUCCCUGUUAUACCCCGUUAUACAUAACCUGUCUCUGCUUUGGCAGGUCGGACAACCGGUCUGUCCAGCUCUUACUAAAAUUUGGUUCUUGUUUAUAUUGGUAUCGCUGGGGUGCUCCUAAGACAACGCUGUCGACCACAUCAUUGCAUAUAUUCGUCUUUUUCAUCCUUGUUGUGUGGUAGCAGUUCCCAUGGAAGAAAUCGCUAAACAAUCAUGCUAAUUUGACCCAAGGAUGGAACAUGGAACAAAAAAAAUAUUUUGCCUUAUAUCAUAUAGUGGUUCUGUACUGUUUCUUUGUCUUUCUCACUAAUGAAUCAAAGCACACUUUAUUUUACUAAGUUAAUUUGUAGAAUAAUUAGCAACAAAAUCUGUAAAUCAAAUUAUAUUUAUGCCAUCAGCUAUUAUAAGUUUCUGAUUUAUAUUGGUUUUUGGUACCAUUUACAGAUGUGUCUGUAUGUCAUCUAAAACAAUACUAGUCCAACUGUACUGCUUUGUGCCUACUGUUGUCAUAGUAACAGAUAUUGAUCCAAGUAGACUCCAGCUGUCUUUUUGAUACGUCUUUCAUAGAUAAUUGCAGUAGGUUCUUUCAUGAACUAGAUGGGUCCAUAGUUAUCCGUUUUCUUACAGGUAAAAAUAACUAUUUAGUAGUCUUGGCUUUGUUAAUGUUGUUUAUGUUGUCUUGGCUUUGUUUUUUUCGAUUGACAUUAGGGUUAACAUAUCCUUGCAGUGGAUGUUUUUGUAGUGAAGGGCAGGAUAUUGAGUAACAACAUGAAAAGAUGUAGGCAACAGGGUCGGCAUUGUUACACUGUAAAAUAUUUAAAAACACCACAUAUUAACGUCUCUAUUUAUUGAACAUUUCAAAAGUUUUCUUGAUGAACUCUGCUAUGGUGAGAGUGGGUGACCUUAAUGUGAAAGUUCUGUAAAGGACUGGGGAAGAUUGUAUUUCAUGUGAAGCAAUAGGAACAUGUGGCUCUGACGGGAGUUGGCGGAUAGUUGUGCCUGGUAUAGUUGUGUGCUGUUUGAGGAAUGAGUGACAGAGUUUUGGAUUGGGCAAUGGUUGGAUUCGAUUAGAAAGUCACCCACAUGUGCCUUUCUGCCCUGGUGUAUGGGGUUAGAGAAACACAAUUGGCUAUGGAAUGUCAGAUUUUUGAAAGCCGUCACCACAGUUCAUUGAUUGGCCUGUGUUAAAGGCUUGGUGAGCUGGCCUCUUGUGUCAGUCAGAGUCUGUAGAAAAACUGCUACACAAAAAGUCUCAACUGCUUUGUUUUGCACAUUCUAAUUAUACUUGAUUGCACCUUUUGGCAGAAAAUAAAAAAUUCUAAUCAAAGGGUCUUUCAUUCCUAUCGCGACAAUUUGCAAAGAAGCACAAAUAUAAAAUUAUUUAAAACACAGACCAAUGUGCAAAACUAAGGCAAAUCUGAGGCUGAAAGUAUCAUUGUUCACAUAUGAUCAGUUGUGCUGUUGCUCUAUCCUACAAUUGAAUAACGGAAAACUUAAUCAAAUUGAUGAUUUUUCAUUCUCUUAUCUGUAUGCAUUUGUCUUUAAUGUACUGGAACUCUAAACAGGCCUUUUUAAGAUGGUUAUCUUUGGAAAACAUAGUUAUCACUUGGUGUGUUUUUAUUAACAGGUUACAAUUUUAACACUGUAUUAUGUGUGAUGUCUCCUGAUUUGAUAUUGAUUCUAUUUUAAAGUUUUUGUGGAAGAAAAAUUGAUUUUUAUCAAGCUUCAAUGGCAACUUAAGAGCAAACAAACCUUAAAAACUUAAACCACAAGCCUCGCCUGGAAAUAUUAAAUAAUUCAGUGCAAUUCCUACAACCCGUAUUUGCAAUCCAAAACUCUACCCCGGAGCAUGUCAUCUCUUCCACAUUCAAAGCAAAAGGACACCCAGUUGUAUCAAACAAUAUACUGUUAAACAUCAUGUUCAGACAGAUUUUAAACUGAGGUUCCUUUGGUCAUACCAUGCAAAAACAAGAUGAGGAUGUUCAGUGGCCUCAGUUGAAUGUGUAGAAGCAGAUUACCUUUACAUCCUCCAACCGGAGGACUCUGAUCUCUUGGUUGCCUUGGUUACUGUGCAUCACAUGGUGCAACCCCGAGCACAAGUCCAAUUAUCACCUGCAAAGAAACAUGGCACUGGAGUUUAGGAACACUAUGCUCACUGUAGAAAAUCCACAUUGGGCAUUCUUGUGUCAUUAGUGUGAUGGCUCCUCACACUAUGAGUGCUUUUGAUUCAUUGGUCUUUCAACUCUACAAAUUACAUAACAAACAGCAUCUAUCGGAUGAUUGUAACCUUAAUGUGUGGGUGGUGGCAGCUAAAUAUGGCUUCUGCAUUUAGAGAGAAAUAUAGAUGGUGCACAUUCAUCUCAAUUACACACUUAUUCUAAGCUAAAGGUGACAUAAUCAAUUAUAUUAUAGCGUAGCAUAACCGCACAAACGUACAGACUGCCAGGUGGAGGGACUCGGAUCCCUCCGUCAAUACAUAAUAACCUGCACCAUAUCUAUAACCUCACACAGAUUCAUCUGUUUUAGUUUUGGGUUAAAAAAAGAAAGGAAAAAAAAAACAA